AGUGAUCGCAUAUCCGCUGCCGGAGUGUUGAGGAGGGGGGCUGUGCGAGCGGGAUGGGUCGUGGACGGCCGGGCGCUCCGCGCGAAGCCGCUGUACAGAGCACCGGCGACAGCAGCGCCGUCAGUAAGUGCUCGGCGGCGGCGCGAGGGUAUGUCCGGGACCGCUUCCUGGGGCUCCUGGUGGGGCGGCGGCGGCGGCGGCGGACUCCGCUGGUACACCGAGGUUAUUAUGUCCGGGCCCGAGCUGUGGAUCACUGUGUUCAAGACUUCCUGCUGAAGACCCAAAGCCACUCUAGAACACAGAUCCUGUCUUUAGGUGCUGGCUUUGACUCUUUAUACUUCCGCUUGAAGGACAUGGGCCUUCUGAGUCACACUGUGGUAUAUGAGGUGGAUUUUCCAAACGUGGCAUGCCAAAAAGCCACUCUGAUCAAAGGAAUAAAAGAGUUGUCAGCACUGGUGGAAGAUGAUGGAGGAGAAGGAAUAGGAGCCAUUACCUUUUCUGGAGAGGAUUAUAAAUUACUGGGAGUGGAUUUAUCAGAGCUGUCUAAACUGGAGAAAGCCCUGGAGGAAGCAGGGCUGGACAAUGAAGUCCCCACCCUUUUCUUAGCAGAAGUGGUGCUCACUUACAUGGAAACUAGCAGAUCAGACGCCUUGAUACAGUGGGCAGCAGAACAUUUUUCUCAGGCAUGUUUUGUGCUGUAUGAGCAGAUGCACCCUGAGGACCCAUUUGGACAUGUCAUGCAGCAGCAUUUUAGCCAUCUGAAUUCUACACUUCACUCUUUAGCACAGUACCCUGACUGUGAGGCACAGCAGAGGCGCUUUUUGCGAAAGGGCUGGACAGAGUGUACCGUCAUGGAUAUGAAUGAGUUUUUUACCUUCUGUACUCCUGAAGAUGAGCAACGAAGAGUGCAGGUUCUGGAGCCUUUUGAUGAAUAUGAGGAAUGGCAUCUGAAAUGUUCUCAUUAUUUUGUCUUGACUGCAGCAAAGGGGAUGAAGUCUUCUUGGACUCCUUUGUUACCAAACAUGGCAGUUCCUUGUGGUGAUGGUCCUGUCAGGAUGGCUGGAAGGAUCACUGCAUCAGUGUGUGGAAUGUACUCUGAAGCUGCUGGCCUGAGACGUUAUGGUCACCACUCUGCUCUUAUAAAACCCAACGUCAUUCUCACGACUGGAGGUUUUGGGGAGGAGGAUGGUCAGCACUGUCGUAUGAGAAAUUUCCAUGUCCUAAUUAAGCAUAAAGGCUGCUGGAAAGCUGGCUGCGUGAAAAAGGAAAAUCGUGGUAAAAGAUGGGAUGGACGGUUGUACCAUACUGUGUCAUGUCUCUCGAACAGCCUGGCUCUGAUGGUAGGAGGACGAACAUCCCCGUCAAGUACAGCUUUGGGAAUAUUGCGGCUAAAGUUCCGUGAAAGCUGUAAUGCCUUGGACUCGGAUGGUGUUACAGUGGAGCUUAUAGACCUGCAGCCUGUUGCUGAAUCAGCUACUUUGCGUUGGAGACACAGUGCAACUGAAGUAAUGUUCAGAGGUAAAAAGUACCUGUUUCUAUAUGGGGGCCGUUCUGCUAUGCAGCCUGUGCUAGGGGACUGGCAUUUCCUGCAUGCUGAGGAACUUUCCUGCACUGUGAUUCCUGUUGAAGGUCCAGUACCGGAAGGCCGUCACUCUCACAGUGCCUGUAGCUGGAGAGGAGGAGUCCUUAUUGCAGGAGGUCUGGGAGCAGCUGAACAGCCCUUAGGUUCAGUUUUCUUUCUGAGAGAGAUUGAACAUGGCUUUCAGUGGCAGACAGUAGAGACGUACCCUCCCCUCAUCCCAAGGUAUUCACAUACAGCACAUGUGCAUGAUGAAAAACUCCUGCUUGUUGGUGGAGUGUGGUUUCACUCUUCCUCUGUGCCAGGCAUCACUGUCAUUGACUUAAUGACUGGUCUCUGUGUGGACUAUAUGAUUAGUGUGCUUCUGUUACAAAGAGGAAGAAGAAACUAAUGAUCUUCAGAUACAAUAGGCUACUCCUGUUAGAUAGCUGUGAGUAUGGGUACUGUGGUAAUGCACUUUAUAUAAAAGAAUAAAAGUAAUUUUUUAAAAAUUGAGUAAAUAGAUGCAGAUGGAUUGGUAGCUGCCUUUGCUUGUGAAUUAUCUGUUUUAACUUAGGCACAUUUCUCACCUUUAGUACCUGCUAGUAUUGUGAUAAAGUAUUGAUAGUACUGUUCAGUGUUUGUGGAUUGAUCUCAAAGUUUAGAAGACUGGAGAUGUCAAUGACUUUGUAUGCAGUACGUUAUACUACUAGUAUACUGCUCUGGUGCAUGUCUUAGAAGGUGAUAGCACCAAAACAUUGCAGAAAAAAAGACCUGGGCAUCCUGGUGGACAGCAAGUUGGACAUAAGCAAGCAAUGUGCCCUUGUGGCAAAGAGGGCCAACAGUCCUGUGGGCUGUAUUAUGAAGAGUGUUCCCAGCAGGACAAGGGAGGUCAUCCUUCCCCACUAUUCCUCACUGGAGAGGCCGUAUCUGCAGUACUGUGUCCAUGGGCUCUGCAGUGCGAGAGAUGCAGAGUUAUUGGAAUGAGUCCAGAGAAGGGCCAGUAAGAUGAUUAAGGGACUAGAGCAUCUCUCAUAUGAGAAGCAAGCUGCUGUAGGUGAUCCUGCUUGAGCAGGUGGGUUGGAUGAUCUCCAGAGGUCCCUUCAACCCCAACUAUUCUGUAAGUCUGUGAAAACCAUUGGCUGGCAACUUUAUCUGAGCUUGAAAUAGACGCAGACCAGUCAGCACUGGUAGGUAUGUGUGAUAAUCACUAUCUCUGGACCUUUCUUCAAGACCAGAGAUGAGGUUACCCUCAUGAAGAUCCCUUCUGUCUCAAGCUCUUAGAAGGGAAAUCUGUGCCCUGCCCUCUUCAGGUUCAAGUGGCCUCAACAAUUACUGAAUUGCCAGCAUAGCAGUUUUGUACUAUUACAGUCUCCAUUACCUACAAGCAGUGUGUUUCUCCAAGUUUCACUUUCCUGAGCUUUUGAAUAUCAGAGGUCAUCACAAAAGAGCUCCUCUUCCAAUCAUCAGAUACAUAGGUCAUGCACUGGAUGCUUCCUGGAGCUCAGAUCUAUAAAUGUCUCUUUUCCAGCUGUCUCUUCAGGGGUUUCUAUAGACCAAUUCCCACUGAUGUUUCUUAUACAAAAGCAAGAGCUAGACUUCUUAUGCAUGAACAUUUCCAUGUGCACUCAAUCUGCUAUAUUUCCAUGGUUCUGAUCCUAGCACACUUUAACUGAUGAACAGAAGGAACUCAAAUUGAGAUAGUUUCAGUGUCCUUUAUACUGGAAUAAAACCUUUGAGAUUCCUAUGGAGUUGAUAUGGGGAGGGAAAAAAAAUCUUGUUAACAUUUUUGUAAUCUUUCAGUAGUAUUCAGACUCAUUCUGCCCUGCCAUUAAGUAGGCCUGACUGAAGAUCUAUUGCAGCAGGAUCAAUUUUUUUUCAACGUGGAAGGGAACCAUCUGUAGGCAUUGAUCAUACCUACGCAUUGAGGUACUUCUGUUCUUCGCAGAUCAGGCUUGUUUGUUAUAAAUAACAAAUGAAAGACUCAGCAGUGCUAAAGCUUAUUUAGAGACACAACACAAAGAAUAAAUCCUUUUGGGCAGAAUAUGCAUUGUUUCAAGUAGCUGAAUGAUGAGGACAACUAAAUACUAGGCCGUUAGGUAAAUGUAAGUGGCCUCAUGGGAAACAACAUUAGGAUAUAUGAACAAUUUUCAUUAUACCAUGACACACAACAUAAUUGGAAAAGAGGCAUGAUAGAAAUCCAUGAAACUGAGUGUCACAGAAAGUGAAUAGGGGAUGACUGUUUGUUGCUUCUUCUGAUACAAGAACUAAGACCUCAAAAGAAGAUGGGAGGCAGCGUGUUUCAAAAAGUGCUUCUUUAUGUGUUGUGGAAUUCCUUACCACAGGACUUGAGUGCCAAAGGUUUACAUGGAGUCAAAAAAUGACUGGGCAUGUUCUAAGGAGAAAAAAAGUUAAGGCCUACAAAACACAAAGACAUUCCUCCUGGAUUCAAAUCUCUAAACUGUAAAUCAUUAUAUAGCUGGAGAAUAAUAGAGGAAUAUAUUAUGGUUUCCUUGUUCUUACACAUUUCUCUAGAUACCAGUUUUUGCCCACAUUUGUGGAUAGGAUAGUGGGCCUUAGAUGGACCCUGUCUAGCUCUUACUCUCUAAUGAAAGUAUCACAUGGAAUAUCUCUACAGCAGUAUAUGAGAUUUUUAUGCAGUCCUGUCAGGUCCAACAGUGAUGCAAAUUAUUGAAGGCUUGUAUGUUCAAGGGUUACUCCCUAAGUGAGACUCAGCUUGAUUAGAAGUAGUAACUGAAACCAAUUUAAGAGGUGCCUGACUGGUUCAACUUAUUCCAAUUCCUUUUGCUCUCUAAUAAAAAUCUCACUAUAACAUGUUGGACUUCUGAAACAUUUAGACAAGCCACUCACUCUUAUCCACUUUCUGUCCAAACAUCCUAAUCUACUACAUCCAGUUCCCUAUCUUGGCCUCUGUGCACUUCCCCAGUAUGCAACUGGCUGGUGUCCUCUGGACCACACAUGCUUUUGUUUCUUAAUGUAGGA